AUGUACAUGCCUAUAUCGAGUGAGGUGUUUGCUCAGGUCAUAGGGAAAUAUUUCCCUAAGGGCGUACCGCCGCUGGUCAUUGCGUUAUCCGGAGGAGUCGAUUCCAUGUGCCUAGCUUACCUUCUAUCUCAGCACAAGAAGCUAUACCAGCCAGAUAUGAGUAUACUGGCUAUGACGAUAGAUCACGCUUAUAGGAUAGAUUCUGAAAAAGAGGCUACUGCGGUUGGGGAUCUUGUUUCCAAAUGGGGUCUUACCCACAACAUCAAGAGGCUACACUACGAAACUACGAACGUCAUCAAAUCAACUAAAUUUGAAGAAAUCGCAAGGCAGAAAAGGUACCAAGAGCUUAAGCAAUAUUGCAACGAGAAUCAUGUACGGAACAUUUUCGUAGCUCAUAAUCUCAAUGAUCAAUUUGAGACAUAUCUAUAUAGACUAUUAGGAGAAUCCACCAUAUUGGGCCUCAGAUCAUUAAAGCCCAUAUCAUUGAUCCCAGUAGAGCCAGAAACUCCCACGGAAGUGACUCCAUAUAUCAUCCGUCCUCUAUUGGAGUUUAGUAAAAGCGAAAUUAUUGAUACAUGUAAACUGAACGGCAUCAGAUGGUUUGAAGACCCUACCAAUAAAGAUACGAAUCUAACUAUCCGAAAUAAGCUAAGGUAUUAUAUUCUGGAGUAUGUUCCGCAAAACAUUCAGAAAGAUCCAAGUUUAGAAGUACUAAGCACUUCAAAUCUUAAACUGACCAUUGAUAAAAUAAGUGAGUUAGAUGACUAUAUUAAAAGGCAGGCAAUUAAAUUGGAGAAUCAGCUCAUAAGCGAAAACAGACUCGAAUUUCUUGAAGAUGAAUGUAAAAUGAAGAUAAUAUUCACUUAUGAAGAGUUUGAAUCAAACAGUACACCAGUAUUGAGUAGAUUGUUAUAUGGAAAUAUUUACCCCGUGGCAAGUACUGUGGAGUACCAUUGGAAGUACGCUAGACUUGAAAGGGCAGCAGUACCAAAAUUCAAGAAACUCUUCGAUGAUCUAAGGAAUUCAGACACUUUAAAUACGCUAGUGGAAAAUAUGACAUUCCUAAACAUAUUGUUUACUGUUACAGUUGAUGAUAUAUCACUGCGCAUAAUGAUAGAAUUGAGGCGAGCUCCAGUAGCCAACAAUAUGUUGGAACAUGUGGCGAAGACUUUCAGCAGUAAAGACCAAUGGGGCAAUUGGUUCUUGUGGGACAAUAGAUAUUGGAUGAAAAUCAAAGUAGACGAGAGUGAAAAUCAAGUUAUUAGCUCUAUCACUAUAACUCCCUUCGUAAAGAAGUUGCAUUUGAAGAUCUUACAACUGAAGUUUUACGAUUUUGGAGCGUCCGAUGGCGCAAGAUUAGGACAAGAUCCAAUGAUAAUAGUCAAAUAUAAGAAUUCGAUAACAGGAGAACUAGACUAUGAUAUUUGUGUUCCAAAAAAGAUCACUUCCAAUCCUAAACUAAGAGCAGAAAUGGAAUUGAAGAAGAAUAUUUUCAAGAAUAUCAUGGAGAUCAAUGAUGAUUAUAAUGAUGAAGUCGGUAAGAUCAGCACUGGUGUGUAUGAGUACGAACAGCCUAAAGUACACGAACUGAGCACUAAAUUCAUCAUGGACAAUAUAAUCAAGAAGGCGUUUUCAGGAGAGCAACUCCAGGGAAAGCUGUGA